GCAAAGCCCUGUACAUUCCCGCAAACUUUAUUUGAAUCGACAAACAUGAAGCAGGCCAGUUUGUCGUCGUUCUUCGUCCCGCAGUCUUCUGGAGGGCCGUCGUCGAAGAGGACUGAUCCGCCGGGCGAGGUGGAGGAUGACGAGCCGGUGUCUAAGAAGCUCCGGUUUGAGGAGCAUUCAUCCCAGGAUGUGACGCAUACAUCCGUGGACGUGCCCUCUGAGGAUACUUCCAAGUUCUUCAGCACGCCUAGUCGUCCUGCUAAGUCUACUCCUGCUCCUACUCCCGCUCGUACGUCCAUCUCGACGCGUACUGAACGGUUCAGGUAUGAUCCUACGUCGUCAGCACCCACAGAGACGUCAUCGGACGGUCCAAGUUUAUCACAAGAACAGCAAAGAGCAAAGGAUGCACGGCGUGAACAGUUCCAAGCGCGAUUCAUGGACCCAAACUCCAUUGCGGACAUCAAGCGUCGACGAGAAAACUCGGUCGUAACGCCCGUCAACGACGCGUCUGCAGUUGCCGGUGACGACGAAGAACCCUCUACAGAACCACAAAGCGACCUCGCCAAACGCUUCUCCGCCCCCUCGUCCACCCCAACCGCCGCCCUCGCCUCCGGCGUCCCAAAAGCACCUCCAGGUGCGAAACUAACCCCGCUCGAACGCCAAUUCCUCGCACUCAAAACCACCCACCCAACGACCCUCCUCGCAAUCCAAGUUGGCUACAAAUACCGCUUCUUCCACACCGAUGCCCUUCUCGCCUCCCAACACCUCCACAUCGCAUCCUUCCCCGACCACAAUUUCAUCACUGCCUCCAUUCCCGUUCAUCGAAUCAAUAUCCAUGUUAAGAAAUUAGUGGAGGCGGGGUUGAGGGUGGGUGUUGUGGAGCAGGUUGAGACGGCGGCGUUGAAGGCUGCGAGUGGGAAGAGUGGGGUAUUUGAGAGAAAGUUGACGGGGAUCCACACGAAGGGGACGUAUGUUGGCGAUAUAUCCAAUGAUGUUCCUAGCCCUUCUGGGGCGGGAGCUGGGACGGGGUAUAUUAUGGGACUGGUCGAAGAUGUUGUGAGAGAGGGAACGGAUGAUGUGAAGAUCGGCAUCAUCGCGGUACAACCCUCAACCGGGGACAUCAUCUACGACGAAUUUGAGGAUGGUGUCUUGCGGAGUGAAUUCGAAACGCGUCUCUUGCAUUUAAGCCCAUGCGAGGUCAUUAUCGUUGGACAAGUCAGCCGUGUUACCGAAAGAGUGUUGUCCCAUCUUUCCACAGGAAUAGGGGAAGGCGUCAGGAUGGAAAGAGUUGAGAAGAAGCAAGAGUUCGACGACGCAUUCACCGCCGUCUCCAAGUUCUACGCCGAUAAAGUCCAAAAAGGCGGUGACAACACCCUUCUCGAUGAAGUUCUGAAGUUUCCAAAGGGUGUGGUGGUAUGCCUCAGCGCAAUGAUCACCUACCUCACCGAAUUCGGCAUCGAGCACGUCUUUGACCUAACAAAAUACUUCUCCCCCUUCUCCUCGCGCUCGAAGAUGUUACUCACGGGCAACACGCUUACAUCACUCGAAAUCUUCCGGAACGCGACGGACGGCGGUGAGCGAGGAAGUUUAUUCUGGGUGCUAGAUCGAACGCGGACCAAGUUCGGACGUAGAAUGUUGAGGAAGUGGGUUGGACGCCCUCUCGUUCGGCAUGAAGAACUUGAGGGGCGGAUUGAGGCUGUGGAAGAGAUCUUGAAUGCGGACAGUGACACGAAACGCAAGGUUGAAGCGCUGGAAAAGGUGUUGGACCGACUUCCAGACCUGGAGAAGGGACUGUGUCGAAUUCACUACGGAAAAUGUACGAGACCCGAAUUGGUUCUCAUCCUCAACGCACUCUACAAGAUCUCCAUCGCCUUCGAAUCCGUGGCCGAUCCCGCCUCCAUCGGGUUCAAGAGCGCGCUUCUCAAUAACUCUAUCGCAGCCCUCCCGACCAUUGCUGAAGAUGUCGGUAAGUUUUUAGGGAUGUUCAACCAAGCCGAGGCUGCGAAGGAUAACAAGUAUGAUAUGUUUGGUGAUGAUGUCGCUGAGGAAAUUGGGGAACAUAAGAUGGGGAUCGCGAUGGUUGAGUCAGAGUUGGGGGAGCAUUUGAAGGAGAUCCAGACGAUGUUGAGGAGGAAGGUUGAGUAUGUUACUGUUGCUGGCGUCGAGUACCUCAUCGAGCUACGAAACUCCGAAGCGAACAAGGUACCGAAGAAUUGGGUCAAGAUCUCGGGUACGAAGGCAAUGAGUAGGUUCCACUCUCCACGCAUUCUGGCUCUUUUGAAGGAGCGCGAGCAGAGGAAGGAGAGUCUUGCGAUCGAGUGCGAUAAAGCCUACGCCGACUUUCUGGGAAAGAUCGCGGAGAAAUUCGAGGUGUUCCGCGAUGUGGUCACUAAACUCGCCGUCGUGGAUUGCUUGUUGAGUUUGAGUAUCGUGGCAUCACAGCCUGGAUAUUGCAGGCCCACAUUCGUCGAAGGUACGAAGAUCGAGAUCAACGGCGGGAGACAUCCCAUGGUGGAGCAGAUCUUGGCUGAUCCGUUCGUGCCGAAUGAUGUGGAGUUGGACAAGGACGGGUUACGCACCGUUGUGUUGACGGGUCCAAAUAUGGGUGGUAAGAGUUCGUAUAUUCGGAUGGUCGCGCUCGUUUCCAUCAUGGGUCAAAUCGGGUCCUACGUCCCUGCCGAAUCGGCAACACUGGGUAUUUUGGACGCGGUAUUCACGAGGAUGGGUGCAUUCGACAACAUCAUGUCGGGCGAAUCUACAUUCAUGGUCGAGUUGUCCGAAACGUCUGAUAUCAUGCGUCAAUCCACACCCCGUUCCCUCGUCAUCCUCGACGAACUAGGACGUGGUACGAGUUCAAUGGAUGGAAUGGCAAUCGCCUGGGCCGUCCUCGAAUGGUUCCUCGAACGAGGUGGCCUUGUCCUCUUCGUAACACACUACCCAAUCCUCGCCGAACUCGCCCAAAAAUACCCCCAACUCUGCAAAAACGCACACAUGGGCUUCAUGGAACACACCUCCUCCGACGGCUCCCCCGAAAUCACAUUCCUCUACAAAUUGACGGAGGGGGUGGCGAAUCGGUCUUACGGGCUUAAUGUUGCCAGGUUGGCGAAUUUGCCGGGGAGGGUGUUGGAGAUGGCGAGGAGGGCGAUUGGUGAUCCGGGGAGUGUUAGUAUUGAGGAUUUGGAGGCACUUGCGGGCAAUAUUGAUUGGGCAUAGUUGUGGGCAUCUAUAGAUUGGGAUUAAUGGAGUUCUGGGGAGGUUUAGCGGGGAGAGUUUAGGCAGACGGGAAAUCAUGCCUCCGUCUCGCCCGUUAUUUCGGUCACACUUCGGUCUCGCCUACACGCGCUCAUACGCUGCCACCUGCCCAACCGGCGCCAUCUCCGGCCCAAGACAAGUGUUUCUGCGCUACAAGUAAGUGGCAACCUUAAUUACUCCGCAACCAGAUCAGA